UCGUAUAGGGUCUAGCUUUUAAAGUUUAAACACAACAGCAAGGGUGUGGCCUCCCGGCUCACGGUGCACGUGCAGCCGUCCGAUGAUAACCUGACGGCUCUGGUUCACUGACUGUCCUGCUCUGCAUCUUCAUCUCUCUCAAUUCAGGGAACCCUAAAGCAAGCGGCUCUGUGUUUUAAAUUUCUAGUGCUGAAACAUCGGCUUGACCCAUGGAUUCAGAGUCUCUGGUGGGUUUUGAUGAGCUCAAGCUUGAUGAACUUAUUACUAAAGGCUCACUGGACUUUGACGAAUGGGCAUCACUGAUUUCGCACACUGAGAAAAAUUAUCCUGAUGACAUUGAAAAAAUAUGUUCAGUUUAUGACUCCUUCUUGUCCGAGUUUCCCCUGUGCUAUGGAUACUGGAGGAAGUACGCUGAUCAUAAAACACGCCUUUGUACUAUUGACAAGGUUUUUGAAAUCUUUGAACGAGCUGUUCAAUCAGCAACAUAUUCUGUUGGCAUGUGGGUUGACUACUGUAGUUUCAGUAUGUCAGCUUUUGAGGAUCCAUCUGAUAUUCGUAGAUUGUUUCAAAGAGGCAUUUCCUUUGUUGGAAAAGAUUACUUGUGCCAUGCUUUAUGGGACAAAUACAUCCAAUUUGAGUUUUCUCAACAACAAUGGAGCUCCCUAGCGCACAUUUGUAUCCAAACUCUGCGGUUCCCAACCAAAAGGUUAAAUCAUUAUUAUGAUCGUUUUAAGAAGUUGGUUGCCUCAUGGGGAGAGAAAAUGGAAUUCCCGAGCAUUUCUGCGGGUGAAGAAUCACCGGCAGAACCUGUGCUUGAUAGCAAAGCCCCUAUUUGGUUUAAGAAUGAGGAAAUUUCUUGCAUCAUCAAAGACCUGCUGGAUCCAACUGCUGGCUUUGCUAAAUCUAAAGCUCUCCAAAAAUACCUGUUGAUGGGAGAAUUGUUCUAUAAGGAAGCAUGCCAGUUGAAUGAAAAAAUUUGUUGUUUUGAGGCUAAUAUCCGGAGGUCUUAUUUCCACGUGAAGCCACUAGAUUCUAGUCAAUUGGAGAAUUGGCAUCACUAUCUGGACUUUGUUGAGAUGCAAGGGGAUUUUGAUUGGGCUGUUAAACUUUAUGAGAGGUGCUUGAUUCCUUGUGCGAAUUACCCUGAAUUCUGGAUGCGUUACGUGGAAUUCAUGGAAACCAAGGGUGGAAGAGAAAUAGCCAAUCAUGCAAUGGACCGAGCAACGCUAAACUUUCUGAAGAGAGUGCCAGUUAUCCAUCUUUUCAAUUCUAGGUUUAAGGAGCAAAUAGGAGAUACAUCAGGGGCCCGUGCCAGUUUGCAGCAAUGUGAGUCAGAAUCAGCUUCCAACUUUGUGGAAAAUGUGAAACUGAAGGCUAACAUGGAAAAGCGUAUGGGAAAUUUUGAUGCAGCUUCUAAUGUAUAUAAAGAGGCAAUAGAAAUGGCUGCUACAAAGAAGAUGUUUCAUACUCUUCCCAUUUUAUAUAUUCACUUUUCUCGUCAUGUAUAUGUGAGAACUGGUAGUGCAGAUGCUGCCAGAGAUGUCUUAGUAGAUGGUGUCAAACAUGUGCCUCACUGCAAAUUACUUAUAGAGGAGUUGAUAAAUUUCACAAUGAUGCAUGAAGGGCCAAAGCAUAGGAACGUGGUAGAAUCUGUGAUAGCUGAUGCAAUAUCUUCAGGACUGAGUGUAUCUCAAGGAUUGAAUGCAAAAGAUGCAGAGGAUAUUUCAAGCUUGUAUUUAGAGUUUGUUGACCAUUGUGGAACUAUCCAUGAUUUGAGGAGGGCGUGGAACCGUCACAUACGAUUAUUUCCACACUCUCUAAGGAUUGCUCCUUAUAGGCACCCAGCUACAGGUACAAAAACCUUGGAACCGGCUAAGGAAGGAAGAGAGGAAACUUCUGUUGCUAAAUCUUGUCAGCCAUCUGGAGAUUCUUGUUCUAACCUCUUGAUCCAGCUCUCUUUACAAGAGAAGAAAUUGUCACCAUCGGGAAAUCGUGAUAAUACUCAGUGUGACCAUGCUCCAACCAAAGUAGUAGAACAGAAACUGCCAUCUUUGGAAAAUGAUGAUAAUCGGUUUGAGUUGGUUACUAUUUGCCAGCAUCUAUCAGGAGAAUCUGAUAGUAAUGUACAGGAAAUUGUAAAACAGUCAUCCCCAGAAGAUUUGGAGUGCACCAGAGAUGAUACUGCUGAAGCAGAUGUACCACCUGGCGAUGUAGCACAAGAGCAACUGGUGUCCCCAGAAAUUCCUGAUCAGCACAGGAGAGAGACUCCUGAAGAUUCCAAGCAGCAUAGAGAAUAUGCUUACAAAUUGAACGCAUCAUCAGUUGACUUAAUUAGUUAUAUCGCUUAUGAAACUGAAUGCGUACAAGAUUCACAUGAAUACUUAAGAGAAUAUGAUGUUCAGGAACAAUGUGGCCAUGAGUCCGAACAGGACCUGAAGCAACCUUUGUUGGAGAAUCUCUCCUUGGUCACUCAGAAGGACAGAUCCCCAGUCUCAGUUCCCUCUACAUCUCACAGGUGUGAAGCUCCAGAAGAAACUUGUGUGUUGCAUGGAAGCUUGCUAGAGAGCAGUUGUGAUGCUAGUCCAGAUGGUUCCUUGUGCAGCCCAUUAGGUUCACAAGCUUCUGCCAGAUCUGGAAUGGAAGCGGUCAAUCCCUCAUCUUCAUCAAACCAGCAAAAUCUUACUCCAGCACAAGCACUUAAACAGCCACAGGUUCCUGCAAACACUGGUGGAAACUGGCGUCAAAACAAUAAUACUGAUAGAAUCCAUAGACAGUCUAAAUUUGGCGUUCGUGGGCAUUCACAACGGAAACUGCAUCAAAAGCGCCAGAACUCUCCACAACAGUACCCGCGGGCUGAAAUGGAUUCUCAAACGCCUAUAAAUCAAGGUUAUUCCAAUCAGCCUUUGCCUUCUCAUAAUGCACAAGUUCAGCAAAGCGGUGAAGCACAAAAUCAGUAUCAAGCAGCAGCUGCUCAUGCUAAUUUAACAACACACAUGUGGCCAAUGCAAAAUGUGCUGCAGCAGAAUUUUGCCACCGCAUCCGAGUCUCAACUGCCUGCUCCUCAUGUUGCUUUGCAGACAUCUCAAUAUUCAAUGCAGAACAGCCAAGAAUAUAACCAGGCGUGGCAAUAUUAUUAUUACCAGCAGCAUCAAUUUCUUCUACAGCAGCCUAAUCAGCAGCUAAUGCAGCAGCAGUAUCAGCAGCAACUGCAACUGCAACAACAUUACCAGCAACAGCAGCAGCAGUUGCAACAUCUUCAGCAACAACAGCUACAAUACAAUCAGCAGCAACAGUUUCAGAUGCAACACCAACAAUUUCUACCGCAGCAACAACAGCAUCAACUUUACGUCCAACAGCAGCCACAGCCACUACAACAGCAGCAACAAGAACUAGAACAGAAAGAACACCAGCAACAGAGUACUCCAUCAGAGGUUGAAGCAUAGAAUGUUAACCCAACCAUUAUCCACAGGAUCUUACAGGAGAAAUGCCAUUAAUAAAAUAAUACAAAGUCGUAAGUUUUUGUUUCUUUGCAGUUUUUAUAGGUUAAAUGACAAUGUCUAACUUGCUAUGCUGCCUGGGCCAAAGUUCCAUAUUUGAGAGAGCGCUGGCCAGGCGCCUCAAAGCAACUAUCAUUUCUCUUUUAUUUUUAUCCUCUUUAACAUUUUUUGACGUGAUAUUAAAUGAUUGGCUGACAAUGAUUUUAAUUCGUUGAAAUAUUUUCAUAUUAGUUGGA